AUGAGAUCUUAAAGAGUUGUAGUUUUACUUGAGAGAUUGUAUAGGUUGGAUGAAAAGUUGGGAGGCAAUGAAAGAAAGAAGAAUGUGAGGAAUCCUCAGAAAGAAUUUGAUUAGAUGAUUGAAGAUUUAAAGGAGGAGGUCGAAAUGAUUUCUGCAAAAUAGAAGGACAGAGAUCAGCGAAAUUAAAAGUAUGGAAAUGAUGAGGAUGCAAUUCGUUUUGGUGUAGAAAUUAGAGAGUCUAUUUUAAAAUGCGAAUCGCAAUAUAAAUCUUUAGAGAAAACUCUUUUGCGAUAAUUAAAGAAGCCUAAAAAAUAUAAUCAAAAUGAUUUGGAGUUAAGAGUUACAUCAUUUAAAUUGUUAAAGAUUGCUUUGAAGGGAACCAAGAUGAGGGAAUUCGGAGUUGAAGAAUAGGAGUUUAAGGGAGUGACACUGAAUGAAUUAAAGAAUCAAGUUUUUGAGGGGGGCACUCAAUUUCAAAAGAAUUAAUUGGAGUAUCAGGAACAACUGAGUUUGGAGGAUUAGGAGGCUAUUCAAAGAUGGAAUCUGAAUGAUGAAUAUAUGGAUAAAUAAUUGGAUCAAAUUAUUGCAGGGUUGGAUCAAAUGCAUUACAAGGUUUAAGCAAUGAGUUAGAAAAUCGACGAGACUGGUGGAAGAGUUAAGGAAUUAAUUUAAGAAGUCGAUAAAACUAAUUAAAGUUUAACUUCUGCUAAUAAAGCGUUGAAAAGAUUAACUGAAGUUUAUCGAAGACCCAAUAAGUUCGCUCUGGAUAUUGCAUUCAUUUUAUUGCUUUUGGGCUUGAUUGCUACUGUAGUUACCACAGUCACGAAGAAGCGAUGA